CUUCAGCUUUAGAGUGUUGUCUCUCGUCGCUCAUCUAGACUCUAGAGAGUACUUCUCUCAUCUCCUCCCAUGAGACCCUAGGGUUUGUGAUACCCAAAUUUGAGUUAAAAUUUUCAUAAAUCUCUGAAUUUUCCUCCUCUGCAAAUCUUUGAUCUUGCUUAGGGCUCAAAACCCUAGCUUCAAUGGCCAAAACUAGACCAGGGCUGCUCUCUCCCAAGCCCAAACCAGGGAAGAAGGAGCUUGACUCUUACACCAUCAGAGGCACCAACAAAGUCGUCAAAGCUGGGGAUUGUGUUCUUAUGCGCCCCUCUGACACUGGUAAGGCCCCAUAUGUGGCUCGAGUUGAGAAGAUUGAAGCAGAUAGUCGGAACAACAUUAAGGUUAGAGUGCGGUGGUAUUAUCGCCCUGAGGAGUCUCUUGGGGGGAGGAGACAGUUUCAUGGAGCAAAGGAGCUUUUCUUGUCAGACCAUUAUGAUGUGCAGAGCGCUCAUACCAUUGAAGGGAAAUGCAUUGUUCAUUCUUUCAAGAACUAUACUAAGCUUGAGAAUGUUGGGGCUGAGGAUUAUUACUGUAGGUUUGAAUAUAAAGCUUCUACUGGGGCUUUUACACCUGAUAGAGUUGCUGUGUAUUGCAAAUGUGAGAUGCCAUAUAACCCUGAUGAUCUCAUGGUCCAAUGUGAGGGUUGCAAGGAUUGGUACCAUCCUGCUUGUGUUGGAAUGACAAUUGAAGAAGCAAAAAAGUUGGAUCACUUUAUGUGUUCUGAAUGUUCUGAUGAAGAUGUUAAAAGACCACAGAAUGGAUUUCAUGCAUCACCAGCAUCUGACAUAAAGGUGGAGCCUAAGCGGCGGAAGGGAUGAGUACCUGGGGGCAAAUUUUGGCAUGCAUAAGAGGACAAUUCUCUUUAUGCAGAUUUAGCUUGUAGACUGCUGUUAAUGUGUGAAUUGUAUAGUGCAGAAAGUUAUGGUGUGCUUUUCUCUGACUGAAUCUGUGUUUAUCUUGUGACAUCCGAACCUGUGCUAGUUUUAGCUCAAAGAAUCUGUGCAGGAAGUGAUCUGUACUUCUGUAGUUUCUCUGAUGUUGAACCAUUAAUCAUGAAGUAGAAAAACUGUUGAGUUCCAUGUAUUGCUUCCCUUCUAACCUAUGUUCACCAUAUUUAUAAAAUUGUAGGAUACAU